UAUAUCAGCUGUCAGCGGGCUGGUCAUUCAAACCGUAUUAUUCGGCGGUUUUCGUUAAAAAAUAACGGUUAUUUAUUUUUUAUAUUUUUUACCGAAUAGGUAUAAGACAUAAGCGUGUUAUUGUUGGAAUCUGAAUUUUGCGCUUAUUUUCGUGAAAACGGCGUUUUAGCGACUGACCGCGCUUAGCCUCCACCUCAUCACUUGUGUGUGUAACGUGCAACGGCAGUUUUACACGGAUAUCGCUUAUAUAUCGCGGAUAAACCAGCUCUGUUGCUAUCUUAUGGACAAUAAAUUGGAUCUGUAACAAUCCAAACAGACAGUUUUACCUCAUCACAAAUAUUUGUGAGUAAUAUUUUUUUUUCCUCCCAGAACGAGCGGAGGGUUGAAUAGUAAAGAUAAAGCUAGCCGGUUAGCUUAGCUUUCAACGCUUCGACUUUCAAGACUGUGAAAAGUUGAAUUAAAUCUUCUCGGAAAUCCGUGAAACAUUUUGCGUUGUUUUAUUUUUUCACACGCUAACAGUUGAAACUCCUCAAGAGUUCUCCUUAUUUCGGUAGAGUCUCGCGCUUUGUGUCGCAUGAUGCACCGACAGGGCUCGUUUGUCUCGCCGAUUCUCAGCGACGUGUUCUGCCAGUGCCGCUCCGAGGAGUACCGCGUUUCGGACCCAGGCGGCGGUGUUACUGGGGUUGAUGUUGGGGUUUAUACUCUGGCUUCAGCUAUGAGAGACGAGUCGCAUGUGGUCUGCGGGGUGUGUGGCGGCCCCGAGCAGGAGCAUCGCCUCAAAGUCCUGUUCCAGAUCCUGGACGUGAACAGAGACGGAGGGAUCUGUGUGAACGACCUGACCAUUGGACUGAAGAAACUUGGGCUCCAUCGCACCGAGCAUGAGCUUAGGAAAAUUGUGAAAGCUGGAGAUAAGGACCUGGAUGGCCAGCUGGACUUUGAGGAGUUUGUGCAUUACCUGAGGGACCACGAGAAGAAGCUACGACUGGUCUUUAAAAGUUUGGACAAGAAGAAUGAUGGUCGCAUUGAUUCGCAAGAGAUCAUGCAAUCCCUCAGAGACCUGGGAGUCCACAUCUCCGAGCAGCAGGCUGAGAAAAUCCUCAGGAGCAUGGACAAGAAUGGGACAAUGACCAUUGACUGGAACGAAUGGCGGGACUACCACCUGCUUCACCCUGCAGACAACAUACCCGAGAUCAUCCUGUAUUGGAAACAUUCAACAAUAUUUGAUGUAGGGGAGAGUUUAAUGGUGCCCGAUGAGUUCACUGCAGAGGAGAAGAAAACAGGGAUGUGGUGGAGGCACCUUGUGGCGGGGGGCGGGGCUGGCGCCGUGUCUCGUACCUGCACGGCUCCACUGGAUCGACUCAAAGUUCUUAUGCAGGUGCACUCCUCUCGUGUGAACACCAUGUGCAUCGCUAGCGGUUUCUCCCAGAUGAUCCGAGAAGGCGGUCUACGGUCUCUCUGGCGAGGAAAUGGCAUGAACGUCUUAAAGAUCGCACCUGAAUCCGCCAUCAAGUUCAUGGCCUAUGAGCAAAUAAAGCGACUAAUCGGAAGCAAUCAGGAGACACUGGGAAUUCUGGAGAGGCUGGUCGCAGGAUCUCUGGCUGGUGCCAUUGCGCAGAGCAGCAUCUACCCAAUGGAGGUUUUAAAGACUCGUCUCGCUCUUGGAAAGACGGGUCAGUACUCCGGCAUCAUGGACAGCGCCAAACGCAUAUUUCAGAAGGAGGGAUUAGCAGCGUUUUACAAGGGCUACAUCCCCAACAUGCUCGGCAUCAUCCCCUACGCUGGAAUAGACCUGGCUGUCUAUGAGACUCUAAAGAACUCGUGGCUACAGAUGUAUGCCACAAACAGCGCGGACCCUGGCGUGUUCGUCCUGCUGGCCUGCGGCACCAUGUCCAGCACUUGCGGCCAAUUAGCCAGUUACCCGUUAGCACUGGUUAGGACGCGCAUGCAGGCUCAAGCAGCUUCAUUGGACGGAUCACCUCAGAUGACGAUGAGCAGUUUGUUCAGACAUAUCGUGCGGACGGAAGGCGCGAUGGGGCUCUACCGAGGCCUUGCACCCAAUUUCAUGAAGGUCAUCCCUGCAGUCAGCAUCAGCUACGUGGUAUACGAGAAUCUAAAAAUCACACUAGGUGUCCAAUCCCGGUGAAAGACCUUUUAUUAUUUUAUUUAUUAUUAUUUUUUUCUCUUUUGAAAUUUUGUCGGGAUGCGAAAUGGACCUGGCACUGAGGAGAGAAAGGGACAAGGCAAUCUUGGGUAGCAAACCCUGAGGUUUGAGUCGAUGUUCUCAUUCUGUGAAUGCCAGCGGGGCCAAGGAGGGUAGGGACCAAAGAACACUAAGAGCCCAGGACAUGGAUGGGUUGGACGUGUUUUUACACCUCAGAAUCCAUCUCCUCUAGAUGUCCUAACCUGUUUUGACUUUGGACCAAGAAGAUGCACCACUGUUCAUUGUGUCUUAAAGGGAUAAAGAUUCUUUAGCUGCUCAUUUGUGCUCUUUUUAUCCAGUAGGUGGCAGUGUUGAAUAGCCAAGAGCCUAAAACCAGCGCACCAAGUCCUACUCUCCAUUUCAUAUAUUUAAGCACUACAUCAUCAUUGUUGUCUUACUUAAUUUAUUAAUAUACUUUAGGUGUUAUCCUGUGCAGACCCACUAGGUUCCUUCAAGAACAAUCAGCAGUCUAUGUAGCUGAUGUAAAAAUCAUAAUCCAUCAUGGGUUUUUUUUUUUCUUCCAUGUGUUAAUGUUAUAAAUGAUGUAAACAUCCUAUUUAUUUUGUUAUAAGAAAUAAGUUAGACAGUAUGUGUACGCAGCAGAUUUAAUACUUAAAUGUGGUUGGUACAAAGA